AUGGUGAGCAAUUUGGGCGAAAAAAACUCAAAUUUAUUAGAUGAAGUCAAAAAGGUACAGAAGAAUUAUAAGCGCAAAAAAUCAAUAGCACAAAAGAAGAAAGAAUCAAAUUUUUCUCAAAAAUUAAAAAAUUUAUUUGAUAUCGCCAAACUGAACGUCAAUAAAUACAUUGAUGAAGAGAAAAAGUUAUUCUUGGCCGGGCAAAGAUCAAAAAAUCGAUUCGGAUUUAUUGAUAAUAAUACUUUAACACAACAAGAAGAUCAAAAUCAAGAUAUAAUGGUUGUAGAUUCGGCUGAUGUAGAUGAACCUGCUGAUCAUAUGAUGCUCGUUACCCAAAAAUCCGCAGUAUUACUAUCUGGUUUAUCAGCAACAACAUCUAGUCAGACAUCAAAUGUUGUAUCUGACUUUGAAAAUCAACUAAGUCAACAGUGUCAACCAAAACAAAAUUGA